UCCAGCUUCGAACAGGGAAAAGCGAUGGAAGGCAACAGAGACGAAGCGGAAAAAUGUAUCAACAUCGCUUUAAAAGCUCUCGAAGCGGGACACAAGGAAAAGGCUGUUAAAUUUCUGAACAAGGCGGAGAAAUUAUUCCCGACCGAGAAAGCGAAAGUAUUGUUGAAGGCAUUGUUGAACAAUGGCAGUUCGGCCGGUAAUGCAUACUACCGGAAACCAGCAAACGGAACAGAAUCUCCCCCUCCAGAUCAGCACCAGGAAUCGGCCAACGGUGACUCGGCAAAGAGCUUCAACAAGGACCAGGUGGAGGGGGUGCAGAGGAUAAAGAGAUGUAAGGACUACUACGAGGUGCUCGGGGUCAGUAAAGAUGCAAAUGAGGAGGAACUGAAGAAAGCCUACAGGAAACUAGCGCUGAAGUUCCACCCAGACAAAAACCAAGCGCCCGGAGCCACCGAGGCCUUCAAAAAGAUCGGUAACGCGUACGCGGUGCUGAGUAACGCGGAGAAGAGGAGACAGUACGACAUAAGCGGAGGGGAAGAGCCCAGCAGCCCCGGUCACGCCGGCCACGGAGGGUUCGAGUUCCACCGAGGCUUCGAGGCCGAUAUCACGCCUGAAGAUCUGUUUAACAUGUUCUUCGGGGGAGGAUUUCCCUCCUCGAGCACGUUCGCUAACAGCCGGGAGCGCUACACUCAUCAGACGGAGCACGUCAGGAGGGAGAGAGAAGAGCGAGGAGAAGGCGGGUUCUCCAUGUUCAUCCAGCUCAUGCCGAUCGUGGUGUUGAUCCUGGUGUCUGUUCUGAGUCAGCUGAUGGUGUCGACUCCGCCCUACAGCCUUUACUCCAGACCGUCGACCGGUCAGACGGUGAGGAGACAGACGGAGAACCUGCACGUGGAUUACUUCGUCACCAGAGACUUCAAAUCGGAGUAUAAAGGUUCGGCGCUGCAGAAGAUCGAGAAGAGUGUGGAGGAGGAUUACGUAUCCAACGUGCGCAACAACUGCUGGAAGGAGAGGCAGACGAAAACGGACCUGCAUUACGCCGCCAAGGUCUACAGGGACGAGCGGCUGCGUCGGAAGGCCGAGCUCAUGACCAUGGACAACUGCAAAGAGCUGGACAGAUUAAACGAGCUCUUCCGGGGCGGAUGAGCUCCCGGGAGCUUCCACAGACUCUGUUAGAACAUGUAGAUCCCACAGAUUAUAUCGUGUAUAUGUCACAUCCAAGCGUUUUUUUUAUGGAAGGAGCCAGGAGAAGAAAAAAAAAAAACACAACAACUUUAAACGUAACGUCUGAUGUACUGUGAAGAGCUCUUCUCAUUUCCAUCCCGCACGCCGACACGGUCCGACCUCUGGAUAAAAAUGCGACUACGAAGACCGACCGACCGACAGACGAAGACGGGUCCACGGGUCCGGAGUCCCUGAUGUUCCGCUGUACCUCGUGUCUGCUGCCUCUUCCACACGCUUCGCCUCAUUUAGACUGUUUAGAGACUUUCAUCGGGGAGACGUAGCUCAUCUCCCACGGGCUUUAGGGUCUCCGAAGUUCUGGAUCUGCUGGAUGGACCACAGAGUCGUUUUAAGCCACAUGGUUGUGCAUUUUAUUUCUAAAUGUUUUAAGCCUCUAGAGAAUCAGAAUAUUUCUUCAAAGCUCGACUAAUCCUUUAAAUAAAGUUUAAAUUAUUACUGAC